AUGAAGGUCACCAUCACCCCUGCGCUCAUUCUCGCGCUCUCGACCCUGGCCGUCACGGCCCCGGUUGAGAAAGAAGUGAGAAACUUGGAGGCUCGCGAUCUCCAGGUCGAAGCCCGCCAUCUCCAGAAGUUCCCGGUCGUCGAAUUCAAGGACAAGUACGCACACAACAAGGACGACGACAAGAAGGACUGGGAUGAUGGCAAGUUCGACGUCAAGGACGCCAAGGGCCACAAGGGCUAUGACCCCAAAGUCCCUUUUGUUUCCUCCGGCUUCGACGUCAAGAAGGACGACAAGAAGGAUGACAAGAAGGAUGACAAGAAGGAUGACAAGAAGGACGACAAGAAGGACGACAAGUACGAUGACGGCAAGUACGAUGACGGCAAGUACGAUGACGGCAAGUACGAUGACGGCAAGUACGAUGACGGCAAGUACGAUGACGGCAAGUACGAUGACGACAAGUACGACGACGACAAGUACGACGACGACAAGUACGACGACGACAAGUACGAUGACGACAAGUACGACGACGACAAGUACGACGACGGAAAGGGCAUCAAGUAUGGCCUUCAUGCUCGAGGCGACGGCGGCCUCAUCGGCGAUAUAGGCGUUGGUCUUGGAGUCGGCAUCGGCGGAGACGGCAAGGGAAUUGGAAUCGACAAGGGUGGCAAGGGCCAUGGCCAUGACGACUUUGGUCACGGCUUUGGCGGCGGCCACGGUCAUGGCGGCGGCCACGGCUAUGGCGGCGGCUACGGCCAUGGGAAGGGUGGAUUCCAUGACGGCGGAUACUAUGAUGGCGGAUUUGGUGGUAGUAAGGGCUUUGGCUUCCACAACAAGGGCUUCGGAGGCGGCAAGGGCUUCGGAGGCGGCAAGGGCUUCGGUGAAUUCGGUGGAUAUGGAAAGGGUGAAUUCGGUGGAUAUGGAAAGGGCGAAUUCGGUGGAUUUGGCCACGGCGGCUAUGGCGGCCACGGUGGCUAUGGCGGCCACGGUGGCUAUGGUGGUCACGGUGGCUAUGGUGGUCACGGCGGGUACGGUGGUCACGGCGGCUAUGGUGGAGGCUUCGGCGGCGGCUAUGAAAAGGGCGGAUUUGAGAAGGGCGGAUUUGAAAAGGGUGGCUAUGAGAAGGGCGGUUACGAAAAGGGCGGAAAGGGCUAUGGCGGCUACGGAGAUGGCAAGUGGUAG